AAAAAAAUUUGAACCUUCGACGAAGAUGAUGAACUCCGCUACAAUUUGACACGAAACGACUUAUUGAGCGUGGAGAGAGAAAAUCCAAAUGUUCCGGGAAAGUUCUGGAUAUCCGUCAAGAACAACUUGAACAAAAUGAAGAAAGGAACUGAUUGUGCACAACUGCCAAACGUUCUCAACUUGGAUUAUGAAAACUCUUUUUGGCAGCUGUUCACGACGAAAAAUGGAACCUUCUACUUAUAUUCAGCCUAUUAUGACAUUCGCCCACGGUCACCAGCACCCACAAUGAGGAUUCUAUCAAUGAGCAACACGCUGAACCCUACGGUACCCGUGUCCUGUCAAAUCUGGUUCAACAACAGGAAUGAUCCCGAGAUUGCCAAAGUGGUAAACUACAGGCUACUUUGGGAACCUAGUUGGGGAACUGGGGCAAGAAUCUACCCGUACUCGAUUGAAUGUGAGGUGCCAACAGUGAACGGGCAGAAUUUGGUCCCUGUCGCAGUUUCAUUGGUUGAAAAUAUUUGCGAUACGGCUACGAAUCUCAUCAAAGUGACCCACAACGCCUUGAAACCCGGAGAAAAGAAAUCGCUCGCGGUCUGCGUCAAACGGAUGUAUUUUGUAAACGAAGAACCGAUCUUUAAGUUGAUCGAAUACCUGGAACUCGUUCGAAUUCUCGGCGCCGAAAAGGUCUACAUGUAUGUUCUCGAACCACAGCAAAGUGCGAAGAUUGAGAAGAUAUUCAGAUACUAUGAAGCUCAAGGUUUGUUGGAAGUAUCCCGGAUAACUAUUCCCGGACAAAGACCAAACUUGCCAAUUUUGCGCCAUUUGUACAUCAAAAAGCACUUGCACCUCGAAUGGAUGUUUGAGAACAUCCCGACAAAUGACUGUCUCUACAAGAGCUUCUACCGACACGACCUCAUUGCCAAUAUCGACCUAGACGAGGUCAUCAUCCCGGAAAACGGGUUGUCCUGGCGGCAAAUGAUCCAAAAAGUGGUGGUGAGCAGUAAGGACACCCCGUACUCGACAAUCACAACCCGCAACUCCUACUACCCCAUCAACUUCCCGAAACCCAAAAACUGGAACCCGGGUGUCCCUCCUCAGUUCCCCAUGCUGAACACGAUUCGUCGGCUGACCAAAUACUCAAAGCCCUUACAUUCAGCCAAGAGCUUCUUCAACACGGAAAAUGUGAUUGUUUCGCAUAGUCACUGGGCUUUGAGCUGCCUCGGGCAACAGUGUUCCAGGUUGGAUGUACCCACGGAAAUUGCGACAUCGCACCAUUAUCGCCCCUUUGGACCCGACCAAUUCGCAAAUCAGGACGUCAUCAGCAAUGCCACAGUGGCGGAUUAUUCUCUGUGGAAAUGGAAGGACCAACUGGUUGCAAAAUGCGUCGAAGCUGCAAGAGAUCUUGAUUUUCUGUAAUCCUGUACGACAAUGCGGUAUUCCUUCGAAUACGAGAGGUCUAGAAAAAAAGUUCUCAGCAUAUUAAAAAAAAUGGCGUAUAAUUCAGCUGACAAAAAGUUAUUCUUUAGGAAAAACAUAUUCUUUGGCACACAAAAAAAAUCAGCCCUGUUCAAUAAAUUUGUUUGAAGGUUUUGCGAAAUUCAACAUUGGCGGCUGUUGAUGAAAAUGGCGGAAUUGCCUUGGAAGAUCUGGAGGCAACACUUAGAAUUAAUGCCACGUUGAUUUCAAGAAUUCUGAGGGGAAAGCUGGACUACAACAACAAAAAUCUGCAGGAGGGGCGACUGGGGUGAAUUUUGCAAAACAUUAAAAAAAAAGUUGUCAAACUGGGCUAAUUUUUUUUGCGAAAGAAUGUGUUUUCCCUAAAUAAUGAAUUUUUUCACCACAAUUAUACGCCAUUUUAAUUACUAUUCCGAGAACUUUUGUUAGAACCCUCGUACAGUACCAAAAAAAAAAAAAAAAAAAACAAUGUCCAAAAGUACAAUUCCGACGAAUACCAACGAGUUCACACACAUCAAAAAAAAAAAAUAAGGCGAUUCUAAAUUUCAGACACUAAGAAGCUCAGGGCUUGUUGGAGGUAUACAGGAUCACAAUC